AUGCAGUGGGCUACCUUACUCGCUGCAGCAACGGCCCUCGCCGGGAACGUUGCUGCACAAAAUAUGUUGCGAUUUGCUUGCUCACAGCUUGUCGUCGAACGAACAGAUCCUCUUGUCAACCCCGGCGUGAAGUACACACCUCAUCUUCAUCAGAUCGUCGGAGGUGACUCUUUCAACAUCACCAUGGACCCCGCAAACGACCCCGCGCAGCUUUCGAAGUGCACUUCCUGCAGCUUCGUCCAGGAUAAAUCGAACUACUGGACUGCUGUAAUGUUUUUCAAGGCAAAGAACGGCACAUACAUUCGCGUGCCUCAGAUCGGAAAUGGUGGACCACAAGGAAAGCUCAUCAACGACGGCGGUCUUGAUGUCUACUAUAUCCCCAGCGGCAAAACCACAGCUUUCAAGAAGGGUUUCCGCAUGCUUGCAGGCUCAGCUACCAACACCGACAACAGCAAAGUCAAGCUUUCCAACAUCUGCCAUCGCUGCUGGACUUCCCCCUCUGAGAGUACCUUCGUCGGUGGCGCACCUUGCUCAGGGAGUGACACCGUCGCCAUCCCCAAGGACCCUAAGUGCAAGCUUAUCCGCCAGACCAUCAUCUUCCCUACUUGCUGGGACGGCAAGAACCUCGACUCACCAGACCAUCAAAGUCACGUUGCUUACGGCCAAGGCUCAGGUGCUAAUGGAGGUGGUGCCUGCCCAUCCACUCACCCCGUCAAGCUUCCUCAGAUCAUGUACGAACUGAUGUGGGACGUCAACAAGUUUGCCGACAAGAGCUUGUGGCCCACUGAUGGUUCAGAUCCUUUCGUUUACAGCAUGAACAUUGGCGGUGCUGCUGCACACGGCGACUACGUCUUCGGUUGGGAAGGCGACUCUCUCCAGAAAGCCAUGGACAAUCAAUGCAACCUCAACACUGCAUGUCCCAAAGCUGGUCUUACGGUCCAGCAGCCCGCUCAAUACAACGCUUGCAAGAAGAAGCAACAAGCUCCUGAAGACGUUGACGGCUGGCUCAAGGAGAUGCCACUCGGUGACAUGGCCAUCAAGGCUUAG